UUACUUGAACUUCUUGGAAAUAAGGCCAAACAAAUGUACGACGUCCUUGGUAAUAGGCCACCUAAAUCUAAGGAAGUAAAGAAGACAGUCAAUCAAAAAGGACAAAAACAACAAAAAUGUGAGAAAAGCAAUUUAAAGCNUUUAACGUCUCGAGCUANCUCUCCAGCCGAUGUGCAUGGUGGUGAAAGUAAUGCAACGACCAACACUAAGAGCAAUUCAGACCCUUCAAUGUCUCGAGCUAACUUUCCAGCUGAUGUGCAUGGUGCUGAAAGUGAUGCNAUGACCAUCAAUUCAGAUUCUUCAAUGUCUUUAGCUGACUUUUCUGCUGAUAUGCAUGGUGAAGGUGAUGCCAUGACAAACAUCAAUGAAGAUGAUCUGUCAGAUGACACCACUUUGGAUCAGCUCGAUCUUUCUAUUAUCUAUGAUGAUAACAAUAAAGAAAAUGACGAUGGUCCUAACCGGCAGAAUUUUGCCCACAGUACACCAGAGAAUUCCAUCCCAUUGUAUGAUGACGACACGGACACUGACAUCAAAAAUUCAAGCCCAAUCUCCAAAAAAUUAAAACUGUUUUAAAGAUUCAACAAGA